CGUUCGUGCGAGGCACGCCGAUAUCAGUUCAGACCCGCCCCUCACAAUGCAUACGCUGGCCACGUGUCCACUGAUUUCGCACCAGAGGGGCCCACCGUGCUGAUCACCAUCACGCGGUCUGGUUUCAUUUUCACAUCGCCGUUCUGCUGUUCCUUUUCUUUCCUCUAUCCCUCGCUCAUUCGUGUCAUCACAAGAAACUGAAAGAAAUCCACUAUGGAGUUCCCCUUUGGCCAUCCCUCGCACCAUCACUCCCACCAUCACAAGAGGGACGAUCAACCUGAAGAUUACCCGCCACCGCCAUCCAAUUUCUCUGACCUCCAUAAUCCUCCUCCUCCUCCGCCCCCUUCGUUCUACGGCGGUGAUCAGCCGCCUCCUCCACCCAUACCUCACCCAGCUCAAGUCUACCACACUUCUCAUGUUCCAUCUCAACCACCUCCCUACAACUUUAACUACUCUGAUCUCCCUCCUCCUCAAUCGGGUCCCCUCCCCUUCAAUUACUCAUCCGAGGCACCGCCUCCGCCGCCCCGCGUUCCUGCUUACGCCCCCCCGCCCGGCACCGCAGUAUCUGUGCACCAUGUUUCUCAUGAAGUGGAGACGUAUGAGACCCACCACACCAAUCGCCCCCAUUUGCCUUCCUUCGUUCAUCAUCAUACUCAUCACGAAACCUCUGCCACUGUCUCUUCCAACAGGCGCACUGUUAGGGUCUUCUCCAGGGCUGCCCCCAAUUUCUCCCUUACCAUUCGGGAUGGCAAUGUCGUCCUUGCUCCAUCCGAUCCCACCGAUGACUACCAGCAUUGGUACAAGGAUGAGAAGUACAGCACAAGGGUGAAGGAUCAAGAGGGGUGCCCCGCUUUUUCUCUGGUCAACAAAGCUACUGGUGAGGCCGUUAAGCAUUCCAUCGGCGCCACUCAUCCGGUUCGACUGAUACCUUACAAGUCUGAUUAUCUUGAUGAGUCAGUUCUGUGGACUGAGAGCAAGGAGAUUGCUGAUGGUUAUAGAGCUAUAAGGAUGGUUAACAAUGUUCAUCUUAAUGUGGAUGCUUUCCAUGGUGAUAAGAGGUCUGGGGGUGUUCAUGAUGGCACAACUAUAGUCCUCUGGGAGUGGAACAAAGGUGAUAAUCAGCUCUGGAGGAUCGCAUCCUACUGAGAACGAACUAAAUUUAUUGGAGAGAAUGCCGUGCCCCUCUGAAGGUGCAGUAUCUUUAUGAACUCAAGAUGCGACGACUGCUAGCUCUGCUGUUUGAGUGACAUUUAUGUCUGGUAUCUUAUGCAUUUACAAAUGGUUUUUGCUGCAUUUACAUUUAUCAAUUACCUGUCUGUGUGUGACUGGUGGGAGAGCUGUAGCUGUGUGUACACAUGAUGCGUUGAGCUGUUACUGUUGCUACUGGGAUGGAACUGGUGUUCACUAAUUAUUAUUUCCGUUACCAUCUUACUAUUAAGCUGA